AUGUAUAACUUCCUCCAUCUUGUUCAUCUUGUCCUCCGUCUCUCCUCUAUGGCCUUCACUGCCUCACCUGGGUUGACCUCAAAAGCAUCACACCUGCUUUUACUUUAACUUUGUUUUAUUAUUAUUUUUACUUUAUUAUAAGAAAUUCUAGUAUUAUUUUUAGUUUUUGUAUAUUUAAAAGUUACAUAGUUUGGCCUUGGAGCAGGAGUCACCUGUGAGCACCUAGCAUUUUAAUGAACACAUUUAUUUAAUUUAAGGCAUCUUCAGAGAUGACUCAAAAGUCCAGUGAGUUUAAGCUAACUGUAUCCUUCCGCCAAGCAGCAUAGCUCUCGGAGAACCCCAUGACUGAGUUUCCAGUAGGCGCAUGAAUAUGUUAAUUAAAUGUGCAGCCUCAGGUGCGUGUUGUAGAGAAACAGGAGCGGCUGAGUCCGGGGAGGAGAGGAGAGGAAGACAAAAUGCCGGUGAGACGGACGAGAAACGCAGGAUAUGCCCAGAGCAAAGAGCAGCUGAGCCGGGAGAUGCGACUGAGCAGACUGGCCCUUUUCAUUCAGCAGUUUGAGAAAGAAGCGCAGGAACGCAUGAACGAGCUGGCAGCUAAAAUGGAGAACACGAUGGCCACAGUUGACAAAAUCUUUAAAGUGGAAAUGAUGAAGAUGCCUCCUUCUCUUCAAAACACGCUCAUAGGAGAUUUAAUAAGCGAGGAGGAAAUCUCAGCAAGUGAAGUGUCAAUUGCCAUGAAGAAUGAGUCCCUCGAGAUGCACCAGCCCCUCAAAAGGGUACCCAGUAAAAGAGUAAAAUCUACAUCAGUUCAAUCUACCCCAGUCCAGAGGUCCUCAUCCAAGACCUCUAAAGGAGGAAACGGGAUAAAAAGGACCAGAACAUUAGCUGGUAGUAACAGCACUGGAAAUCUCAGGGGCUCCACAGUCACUGCCAAAAGAACCCAAAGCCGCUUGACCAAGACCAAUGACCAGACUGUACCGACCAAACCUAAACUCAGGUCUGUCGUCUCUGCUGGUGAUCUACACUGUUCAGUGGCAGGCUCUGCUGCACACAUCACUGUGACCACGGCACAGGGGCAGACUGUCAGCUUCUCUGAAGAGACCAAGGAUGAAAUUAACCUGGACUUGUUGGAUGACGUGGCGUGGUGUCAGAUUCAGAGGCUGACGAGUUUGAUGGAGUAUCUGUCCAGGCGAGGUCCCUGCCAGCGAUGAGUAAAGGUGUCUGAACAUCACUCUGACUGGGAUUUUUCUCCACUUACAUUUAAAACUUUUUAAUAUUAUGGCAUUCAUUUAAAGAAGUUUGGUUUAAUACUUAACCAGAUACUAUAAUAAGCAACAGUUAUGCUUUGGUUGUGUUAAGUAUUUUAAAAAAUAUAUAAUAAAGCUUAUUUGUUAUCCUUCA